AUGAUGAAACAAAUAAUGAAGUUACUCUUUUUUAUAAAAAUUACUAUAUUUAUCCUUUUAACGUGGAUGUACCAUAUUAACAAGUAUAUGCGUACACGUAACCCAUAUUUGGACAAGUGCAACCCUGGUAGGGAUUUUGAUACAAGAACAUGUAGAUUACUAGGAGGAUAUGAACAACAAAAUUAUUCAGACGUUGUAUGGUUAAAAGGUGAUGCCCCAACUGUUGAAGAGUACAAAAAAUUAUGUGGAUAUAAUUUUAGAAAAGUAACUAGAGAAAAAACGAAACACCAAAAAGUACUUUCAGUAAAUAAUACAGAAAGCUUUGAACAAGCUAGGGAAAGACAAUCCCCUGAAAACAAUAGAAAAAAUUCAUACUUUGAUAAACGAUUGAUCAACAAAAUAUAUUAUAUUAAUAAGGAUAGGUUUGCUAAGGAUAAGGAUUUGAAAUUAUUAGGAACAAAUAUAAAAAUAAAAAAAAAAGUGUUAUAUGUUUUUUCUGUCUUAUUUGUAGCAUUUGCAUUAGUAAUAAUUGCUUUAAGGAAAUUAGAUUAUUUGAAUUUUAAGAAUUAUUAUUUUUUUUCAUUGGAUAGUUUUCAUCCAUUAGUUAUAGUAUUCGCCAUAUUUGGGAUCAUAGUUAUAACAGCGAUUAUUUAUGCCUUUAGAAAAAUUGAAAAGUAUGAUAAAUUAAGACAUAUAAAAAGUAUAUUGAAUUAUACGAAAUAUCCUUCUUUCAUCAAAUUAAACUCUUUUACCAAUAACUAUCGAAAAUUUCCUGUGAAAUGCGGACAAUAA